AUGAGUGUCAAAAAUAGCCCAGAAGUCAGCCACGGCCGUGGAGGAGCCGGAAAUAUUGGCGCAGAUGACACCCCUUACGGCGAUGGCGAAAUCGUUCGCGAAGGCGUAGUCGGUGACCACGGCGACGGAGCCUUCAGCACCGGUCGUGGCGGAUUAGCCAACAUCGGCUCCCCAGGCCUAAAAGCUACGCCGCGGAAAGAUGAGAUCUCCAUCCCGGAGGUCGCCCUGCGACCCAGCAUGGAGAACGAGAACUUCCACGUUGGCAGAGGAGGAGGGGGGAAUGUACAUAUUGGGGAAGGAACCAAGAAGCAUCCGGAGGGCUUGGCAGAUAAGUUGAAGAACAAGCUAUUUAAGAAGAAGGCUAAGGAGGCGGAGGUAGCUCUUCAGGAGGCGUAG